UAAUUGAGCUGGAUAUGUUAUUUUUUUUUAAGGAGACUGAACUGGAUCCUGUGGCUAACCAGUCAUGAACUACAGUAAUGUAAUAUACUUGUCUUGCCAGAGAAGAAGCAGCGCAGCCUCUGUCCUGGAUAAUUUGUAGCGGUACCAGAAUUUCGCAAACAGCCUCCUGAAAAUUCCAGCACGCUUACCACAGCCUUCACCUUCGGGACCAGAGGGCCGCUGGGAAACAGAUUUCUUAAAAGUGCAGGUGGGCCAGCCAUGCGAGGGUACCUCUUGGCCAUCUUCCUGAGUGCUGUCUUCCUCUACUAUGUGCUGUACUGUGUAUUGUGGAGAACAGAUGUCUAUGGGGUGCCACCUGUGGAAAUGAGAUGGCGAAGUAAGACCCGGCCUUGCUCCUCGAAGCCAGCUUUUGCCUCUCUCCUGAGGUCCCACCAGUUCCAUCCUUUCCUUUGUGCUGCUGACUUCAGAAAGCUCGCUUCCUUAUACGGCAGCGAUAAGUUCGAUUUGCCCUAUGGGAUAAGAACCUCAGCGGGACAUUUUCAACUUGCUCUUUCAAAACUGCAGAGCUGUGACCUCUUCGACGAGUUCAACAGUGUGCCGUGUAAAAAGUGCGUGGUGGUUGGUAACGGAGGAGUUUUGAAGAAUAAGACAUUAGGAGAAAAAAUUGACUCCUAUGAUGUAAUAAUAAGAAUGAACGACGGUCCCGUUGUAGGACAUGAAGAGGAAGUUGGGAGAAGGACAACCUUCCGACUUUUUUAUCCAGAAUCUGUUUUUUCAGAUCCCAAACACAACGAUCCCAAUUCCACGGUGAUUCUCACUGCUUUUAAGCCGCAGGAUUUAAAGUGGCUCUGGGGAUUGUUGACCAGCGGCAGAAUAAACACUAAUGGUUUUUGGAAGAAACCAGCCUUAAACCUGAUCUAUAAACCGUAUCAAAUAAGAAUAUUAGAUCCUUUCAUUAUCAGAAUGGCAGCUUAUGAGCUGCUUAAUUUUCCAAAAGUGUUUCCCAAAACUGAGAAACCCAAACACCCAACGACGGGCAUUAUCGCCAUCACGUUGGCAUUUCAUAUAUGUCAUGAAGUUCACCUUGCUGGUUUUAAAUACAACUUUUCUGACCUCAAGAGUCCUUUGCACUACUAUGGAAACGAUACCAUGUCUUUGAUGAACCAGAGUGAGUAUCACAACGUGACGGCAGAGCAGCUCUUUUUGAAGGACAUUACGGAAAAGAACUUUGUAGUCAACUUGAUUCCAGACUGACCCUCCGGACAGCGAAGAUAAUACUAACAGUAUAGUUUUAUUUUUAUACUGCAAUUUUUAGUUUAUUUUUAAAUGUAUGCACUUGUUAAGAAAUGAGGUACAGGGUCCAGCAGAAGUUACGCCUGCUUGAGUAACUCGAGGGGACCAUUUGGGUGUCAUAAUUUAUAGUUUUAAUUUGAACAUCUCACCUAAAAUGUCACAUGGUGUGGUUCAGUAUAUUGAUAGGUUACAGACUGUCGUGCUCAUUAUUUUGUAAUAAAAUGGGGGCGGGGUUUUUUUGGUGCUGGACCCUGUAUAUUAAGCCGAUUGCCGCCUGGUGAUUCAUAACCACCAGCUUAAUUUCUAUGACUGUAUUUAAUUUAUGAAAACCAAGAGAUCAGGAUAUCAGGGAAAGAUGUUAUAAUUGCGUUUUAAAAUAAGCUAGUUUUGAGGUGUUUUAAAGCAUCUUUUUAGUUAUUUCAUCUUACACUUUUGAAGGGAUGCGUUUUCCUAGUAAGUAUGGAAAUUUAAAUUCACUGCAAUGAAGUACAAGAUGACAUAUGGGGACUGCAGAUUGUGGGGGGCACGUGGCCCUGCCUCCGUGUGGCAGGCUGGGCUGGGAGCACUUCAGGUCUGUAUCUGGAUGGCUGUUCAGUUUGUUUGCUUGAUUUAAGGAACCUGAUUUGAAUAUUAAACCAUCUCUGAAUACGGCAGUGUAGAUGGUAAUGGAAAUCUAAGAUCAUGGGGUAUAAAUAGGCUUUUUGUCCUGCAAUUAAGUAAAACACAAUUAUGAUGAGUAAUUAGGUAGAAUAAAGAUGGUAGUUUUUGUUUUUACGUGGAAAUAGGCCAAACGUGAAAUUGUAGGCGAGUAAAUAACCAAAGAGUGCAGUUUUUAAAGUCUUGUGAUUGUGUUAUUUCAAAGAAAUAAAGUUUAUACGAAGAAGCUGAGUUAGAGACAUUCAAGGAGAAAAUCCUUAAA